GGAGGAAAAUGAGCCUGAAAUCUGAGCGCCGAGGGAUUCACGUGGAUCAGUCGGAGCUCCUGUGCAAGAAGGGAUGUGGUUACUAUGGCAAUCCUGCCUGGCAGGGCUUCUGCUCCAAGUGCUGGAGAGAGGAAUACCAUAAGGCCAGGCAGAAACAGAUUCAAGAGGAUUGGGAGCUGGCAGAGCGGCUUCAGCGUGAGGAGGAGGAAGCAUAUGCCAGUAGUCAGAGUACCCAAGGGGCACAGUCACUGACCUUUUCAAAAUUUGAAGAGAAGAAGACCAAUGAGAAAACACGAAAGGUCACUACUGUGAAGAAGUUCUUCACUGCUUCUUCCAGAGCAGGAGCUAAGAAGGAGAUCCAAGAAGCCAAGGCUCCCAGCCCUUCUAUAAACAGGCAGGCCAGCAUCGAGACAGACCGAGUGUCCAAGGAGUUCAUAGAAUUUCUCAAGACCUAUCAUAAGCCUGGACAAGAUAUCUAUAAGCAAUGUAAACUGUUUUUGGACACAAUGAAUCAUAAAAGGGACUUGAGUAUUGAGGAGCAAUCUGAAUGUGCCCAGGACUUCUAUCAAAAUGUAGCAGAGAAAUUACAGACACGUUGGAAAGUGCCUCCUGAAAAAGUUGAGAAAGCAAUGGAUCAGAUUGAAAAAUACAUAAUGACUCGACAGUAUAAAUAUGUCUUUUGCCCUGAAACAACUGAUGAUGAGAAGAAAGAUCUUGCUGUCCAGAAGAGAAUCAGGGCUUUGCACUGGGUCACUCCCCAGAUGCUGUGUGUUCCUGUCAAUGAAGAGAUUCCAGAGGUCUCUGAUAUGGUGGUGAAAGCAAUCACAGAUAUUAUUGAAAUGGAUUCAAAGCGUGUCCCUCGUGAUAAACUAGCAUGCAUCACCAAGUGCAGCAAGCAUAUCUUUAAUGCUAUUAAAAUCACAAAAAAUGAACCAGCUUCUGCUGAUGACUUUCUUCCAACACUCAUAUACAUAGUUUUGAAGGGGAACCCACCCCGUCUGCAGUCAAACAUCCAGUAUAUAACACGCUUCUGUAACCCAAGCAGGUUAAUGACAGGAGAGGAUGGCUACUAUUUCACCAACCUGUGCUGUGCUGUGGCCUUCAUUGAAAAACUGGAUGCUCAGUCUUUAAAUCUAAGCCAAGAAGAUUUUGAUCGUUUUAUGACUGGUCAGACGUCCCCAAAGAAGCAAGAACCUGAGAGUUUUUCAUCUGAUGUGUGCCUGGGUGUUAAGCAAAUGUAUAAAAACUUAGACCUCCUAUCUCAGUUGAAUGAGAGACAGGAAAGAAUUGUCAGUGAAGCCAAGAAGCUUGAGAAAGACCUAAUAGAUUGGACUGAUGGAAUUUCAAAGGAAGUCCAAGAUAUUGUUGAGAAAUAUCCAUUAGAAAUAAAACCAAAAAGUCAAGCCUUAGCAGCUAUUGACUCUGAAAAUGUGGAGAAUGACAAGCUGCCCCCACCACUGCAGCCUCAGGUUUAUGCAGGAUAAUUAUCAGUGUUAAUUUUGAAAAGUAUUCUUUUCCUCACCUAGUACUAUUUGCUACUUGGGAAGGGAAGUAAAUUUAAGGCUAAAAAUCAGAUGAGCUUAAAUCAGUACAUUUUUAAAGGUACAUUUUUUUGGUUAAGUGUAACGAAUUGUAUUUAUUUUAGUCAAGUAGAUUUCUAUUAGGCUUUUGUGGGUUUUUUGAACUGAAUUUCAAUUUUCUACACAAACCAGUGUAAUUUUUAAGCAACACUAGUCCAUUGACAUCUUUCCUGA